AUGCCCGCUCAGCGGCCACGUGCCGCCUUCGAGCCUCUUCCUCCUGAUUUCGAUGUGAGAGCAUUGGUGGAGGGGACCGAGAAUUUCCAAUAUGUCGACAGGAUAUCAUGGGAGAUGAUAGAGCAAAAUGGCUUGGAUCAGUUUGAGAAGCUCGUGUUGGCACACGUUGUCAAGGGAGGCAAGCCGCUCGUCAUUGAUGGAUUUGAGGAGAGGCUGGAUCCCUGGACCUUUACACCGAAGUGGCUACGCGAUAAUAUGGGCACGAGAGUUGAGCAGUCCUGGGAUCUGAGCACUACAACCAGCCUGCCGCUCACUAUCAAUCACUAUCUGCAGAACAUGGGUAUGUUAACCGACCAGUUCUUCGACAAGCCGGGCAACUACUUGGACAAGAAACGACAGCGUAUCUACCUCAAGGACAUUGAUUGCCCUCCGGUGUGGCAGGACAAGCUGAGAGAGCACAUACCACCUUUCCUCUUCUAUCUCAACGACAGCACCGGCGAACCCGGUGGACCAGGAUCUCUCGACGAGCCGAUACCAAACGCAACAGGAAAGAGGAAAGGCAAAGGCAUAGCAAGAGCUGGGGACUUGAUGAGUAGUCUUCCACCAGCCAUGCGAGCAGAGAACCUCAUGUGCUACAUUGGUCACGAAGGGACAUAUACUCCGGCACAUCGUGAAAUGUGCGCUUCACUCGGGCAAAACAUCAUGGUUGAUGCUUCAACUGCCAUCGGCGAGAAUAACAAGCCGGAGAGGCCUGGUUCAUCGAUUUGGUUCAUGACUGAGACCAAGGAUCGCCAUAUGGUGUCUGAAUACUGGCUUUCAAUUCUGGGACAUGACAUUGAAGUGGAGAAUCAUUUUGCCCAGGUCGUUGCGUGGAAGAAGGCGCCAUUCAAGACAUAUGUGGUCGAGCAGAAGCCGGGCGAUUUCAUACUCAUUCCUCCAAUGGCGCCUCACCAGGUCUGGAAUAGGGGAACGAGAACGAUGAAAGUUGCCUGGAAUCGAACGACUGUCGAGACAUUGGACCUGGCAUUCAAGGAAGCCAUACCAAACGCACGCCUUGUCUGCCGCGACGAGCAGUACAAAAACAAAUCCAUUGUCUACUUCACGCUGUCAAAAUACUCUGGUUUGCUUCGAAAUGCUAAGGCUUUGAGUCUCAGAAGCCCUGCUGAAGCUGCUGCGAUCGCUGGCAGCCGUAAGGUUCGCCAGGUCCAACAUGACUUCAAGGAACUGCUCGACCAAUUCAAGAAUAUCAUGUUAUCGGAGAUGUUCGCACCCGAGGGACCGAAGGAGCAUCCAGAGUUCCUCGCAUAUGAUAGCAACGUGACGUGUGCGUACUGCCGAGGUAAUGUCUUUAACCGCUUCCUGAGCUGCAAGUCCUGCUCGUACGCUCUCCUUACGGACACCGAGGAACCUUACGAUCUGUGCAUGGACUGCUUCAUCAUGGGUAGGAGCUGCCGGUGCGUGUCCAACUUCAAGUGGGUUGAACAGUGGAAGUGGAAGGACCUAGUGAAAAACUAUGACGACUGGCGAAAGCAGGUAAUCGAUAUUGACAGUGGCAACAUACUCGAAAAGACCCCCUUGCCACUACUGGAGGAGAGGAAGCGGCUCCAAAGCAAGACUGUCGCACAGGUGUGCCAGGAGCAACUCAAGCUUCGUCCAUGGACAGACAUCAAGAAACCCAUUGCCGCGAAGGAGUCGGAUUCCGAGGAAGAAAUUCUUGUGAAUGAUGAUGGCACACUCAAAAAGAUCAAGAAAAAGAAGUCGAAGUCCUGGCUCAAAAAUCACGCGAGCUGCCACGUCUGCCUCCACAAACACCCCAAGUGGAAGAUGGCUCAAUGCACGAUGUGCAAUCGCUGGUGGUGCUACGGUACGCUCUGGCGAGCUCACGACCUGAUGCCGCAAACGGUAAUGCAGAAUCCGAAUUGGGAAUGUCCUCAUUGCCAAAGGGUGUGCUCAACAGGUGCUUGUCGAAAGGACCCGAGACAAACCCCUUACGAGCCUAAGGGCACAUUACUGGGGCACGACACGAAGAAGAUUGCAGAUGAGCGAAGCACAGAAGUCCUGGUUGAUUUCAGCGUUUCCAACUUGAACUGGAUACAGGAGUCUGUCGAGGCGCCAAUAGCAAGCAGCAGGAUACAACGGCGCAAAGAGGAGGCUGAGCGCGCCAAGCUCGACAACCUCUCACUAGAUGAUCACGAUAUCGACGAGCAUGAUGUCCAGAAUGACUCUCAUAAUGGCAUUGAGUAUUCCCCAGUAGAUGAAUCUCUUGAUGCCAUCGAUCCCGCUUUGGUUGCUCACGAUGGCAACAUCGACCCGGCUCUGCAAGGUGGCGUUCAGCGGCCCCCUCGCCCAAGUACCAACGGCGUACAUUUCUCUCCAGCACCUGCUAUGCUGGAUGGCGCGCAUCCGACGGAAUUUGGACCACUAGCAUACGAUCCUUUCGGGCAACUACGCGAUCCACUAGACGACUACGACCCCACAUCGAACUUCGUGGCUCCAUCUGCCGUCAUGUAUCAGCAAGAGGACGGCACAGAUGAAGAUAUAGCCUUUGCCUAUCCCGAUCCAGCUGCGACUGCCGAGGAUGGUCAGAACAAGCGCAAGCGUGCGGGCAAUGACAAAGACGAACAGAUUCGACUGGUGCCCUCGAACAAACGACAGAAGCUUGACGAAAAUGGAAAGCCAAUCCCACCGAAGAAGGAUGCGAACUCACAGUUCCGCAAGAAACAACAGGAUAAGGCGCUUGAUGACGCUAGGAGAGAAGGCCGCUUCCUUAUGGUGUAUGCGGCAAUGAAAGGCAAGCACAAGAUCGUUAAGCUGAGAAUCAGCAAAGAGAAGCUGGCCGCCGUAAAGGCACAACAGCUGGCUCAGCGGGCGAUGCAGCAGGGUGUUGCCAGCGAUGGCACUACCGACAAGGCGAUCCUUCAGUCCGAUGUUGCACCCAAGAGGAAAGAGACUCAAAGUGCGGGAUCCAAGCCGGCACGGCCGAGUCAUGUCCGUUACCGUGUAGAGGAAGACGAAGAUUUUGGGAGACGGGCCGAUCGGAGGGUCAGCACUCUGAAUGUCGCAACAAGGCCAAAGAGGCGACUGCACUACGAAGAGAUCGAUAUCGGUUCUGAUGAGGAUGAGGAGAUGGACGAUGCAGAUGACGAUGCGCCAGAGAUUAUCACGGGCACCCGCCAAGCACGUGGGAUCCCAUCAUACCUCGCUCGGAAGAACGAAGGAGACGAAGACCUGCCCGCGGAGCUACCUGCCGACUGGAAAGACGCUCGUCCUCGAAAAGACCGUCGCAAGACGCUACCUGCGUCUGGUACUUCCAAGGCGCGAAUUCGACCAGCAAACGGCGCACGCCGACCUCCUCGCGCCAGCACCGGCAAUAUGGUUGAAGGUGAUGGAAGCGACGUAGAUGCUGUAGGAGAAUCUGAUCAUGAGGUCGAUCACAUUGGCGAUUCAAUCAUUGAAGACAUCAUUGAAGAGGUAGCGGGACGCGCAGAGCCUCUGACCGAGAUCAACGCAAACGGCGCCUCAGCUGCUGCCAUGUCAGCUGCCGCUUCAGCUAUAGAAUUGGCCAUAUCUGCAACAGCAGCCCUCGAGGCCGAGAACCGAAGGGCGAAACUCGAGGCUCUUAGGUUCGCUGAAAACGGCGAUGAUGAAGAGUCACCCAGAAACCCCGACUCUCCCAACGAAGCCUCUGUAUCCGAUGCUGAAUCCAUCGACUCCGUUUUCGGCCCUGAAGUAAGGACUUCGGCCCAGAAGCCUAUCGAGAAGAAACUCCCUGCCGGCAACUCCAUCUUCUCCCGGCCGGGCAUGACCGGCAAGAAGAUCAGGAUCGUCUCCGCCACAGCACGACGCCAAACGACGGGUAGCAUGCCUACCGCUGCGCCCGCCACAUUCACGCCUGUCAACCCGGGUACUCGCAUCAUCUCCUCCACAUCCAAGGUCAAUAGAUCUGCCAACGAUGCCGAACCCGCCACCGCUUCACCCGUCAUCAAACGCCCUCGUGGCAGACCACCGAAAGGCAAGCCCUCCGCCAAACACCCCAGCACAAGCUCCGUACUGUCGGUGUCAAUGCAAGCGGUAAAGCUCGCUCCAGCCACUAAGGCAUCACCACCCUCGAAGCGCGGUCCGGGUAGGCCACCCAAGCAGCCUCAGAUCAUACAGCUGUCCGAGGACGACUCCUCGGAUAGUGCGGGCGAGAUACCGGCGAGGGCUCCAAUUCCUGCGGUGAAGAGGAUGCCGGGUAGGCCUCGUGGUGGUGGACGGAAAUCGAGUGGGCGCAGCUAG